UACUGUGAGAGCUGUGAUUGGUCACAGCUUGUCACAUGGUACAAGUCUGUUGUGAAUAGCCCUGUACCAUGUGACCUCUGUGAUCAUUCACAGAUUUCACACGUAGUAAGCAUCUUGCUUACACCUAUUCAUGUGAUCACUGAUUGGCCAAUCAGUGAUCACAUGAUUGGGACCUCACACACAGGUCUCGUGCAGCGAUCAGUGUCCUCUGGACACAGCGGGCACCGAAUCGUGGUGCCGGUCGGGUGGGUGUUUAUAAACGGCCUCCCUGCACCCUGCUUGUGCGCGCUCCCUGGGAGCGCGCAGCACCGCGAUCCGGUGCCCGCUGUGUCCUCCGGACACACUGAAACACAGAUCGUCGGACGGGACCUCUGUACGAGGUCCCGAUCAUGUGAUCACUGAUUGGCCAAUCAGUGAUCACAUGCAAAGUAGUAAGCAAGAUGUCACUUCUGACAUCAUAGGUUACUACGUGUGAAAUCUGUGAAUGAUCACAGAGGUCACAUGGUACAAGGCUAUUCACAACAGCCUUGUACUAUGUGACAAGCUGUGACCAAUCACAGCUCACUCAGUA